AUGGUCACUGUUAAUUCAGGUAUAAUAAAUUUAAAAGAUAAAGAUAGGCAAUGUUUUUCUUUUUGCCAAGAUUUAAGUAAUAAAGAAUUUCUCGGUGUGGACUUAGACGACCAAAUAAAUAUUAAAUGGUCUUUGUUUAGGUUAAGGCAAGCUCCUGAUAUUCCGGGUGGAGGAAUGGAUUUGCCGAAUAGUGAUAUCAAGGUUCCCGGUAAUUAUUAUAUUGAAAAGAUUAAAACUGACGAUUGG